GCCGAGCGAAAAAUCAACUCCACUUAACAGCAGCGCAGAAGCGCCCGCGGUCGCAGCCAUGGACCGCCCCCAGAGGCUAGAGCUCCCAUCGCCGUCGCCGCCGCCGCCGCUGCCGUCCCCGCCGGUGGCCGCCGUGUCGGCCCCGGCCUCGCCGUACUCCGUGCUCCACCCGCUCCUGCUCCCCUCCCCGAACCCACACCUCCUCCUCAAGCCCAAGACGCUGACCCACUCCCUCUCCUCCUCCUCCCUCACCUCCAUGGCCUCCUCCUCGCCGCCCGCCCCCGAUGCCUGGGAGUUCAUCACCCCAACGUCCCCAUCCGUCGCCCACGUGGACGGCGGGCUUGAUGAUUGCGCCAUCUUCCCGCCGCGCCUCCACGAAGGCCUGGGCCUGGAGGCGGAGCCCGAGGAGGCGGUGGCGCCGGCGGCGGCGAAGGAGGUGGAGGAGGAGGAGGAAGAGGACGAGGGCGAGGAGGAGGAGGAUGGAGAGUGGCUGUGGGGUGCGUGGGCGAGGUGGGAGAGGUGCCGCUUGGCGGCGAGGCGCGCUUGGGCGACCGGUGUCGGGGCGGUCCAGGAGCGGGUGCUCGUGCACAGCGCCUGCGGGUGCCCAUCGGUGAGGCCCGCCGUGUGGUCAGCUGCGGCGGCGGUUGCUGUGGUUGGGGCACUUCUGUACGCCCGGCGGCGGGAUAGAAAGGAACGGGACCUGCUCGUGCUUCUCUCCAAGGAGAAGGAUAAGAGGAUAGCACAACUACUGCAUCAAAUUGCUUUAAUGAGUGACAUCAGAAGCGGCAGUGAAGCAGUUAAGAUUAUCAGGAACUCCUAAUCAUUUUCACUGUUGGAAAAGGUUCGGUUGCUAUGUUGUAGCGAAUCGAUUAGGUAAUUAGAGGAUCAGACCGGUUAGCGUGCAGGAUCGCACUUGUAGCUAAACAAAGAUUGAACUUCUAACAGGUGUGAUGUUUACUUAUUAUAGAUGCUGAAACCAGCAAGGCUGCAACCCAAUCCGAAGCAAUCAAUAGUUCAACACUUCACCUCUGUUUGUUCUUAAAGUAUGUAUAUAGCUGAGUGAUGAUUUGGUAAGUUGUAGAUAUGUUGACAUUGUAUUGACUUACUGAUAUUGACGACCCUGGACAUCAUUCUGUAUAUGUAAUUUCCAUUUUUUCUAUUAUUGUGAUCUUGAUCGUCCACUGAACUUUAAUAUUGAUAACCGUGGACUCAGUUCUGUAUAUGAUUGGCUCCCAAAUCGCAAUUAUAGUUAAUAUUAUUA